AUGAAGCCUGCCGAGCCGGGACGAAUCGAUGAUGAAGCCCAACUCGAAGCCUUGGGUCACAAGGGCGAACUCAAGCGCAACUUCAGUCUUCUGUCCAUGCUGGGGUUGGCAUUCGCUAUCCUCAACUCGUGGACAGCGCUUUCGUCAUCGCUCAGUGUUGCGUUGCCCAGCGGUGGCUCGACAAGCGUGAUUUGGGGCUUACUCACGGCUGGCAUCUGUAACUUGGCGUUGGCUGCAUCGCUCGCCGAGUUUCUAUCAGCAUACCCUACCGCUGGCGGACAAUAUCACUGGGUGGCUGUCAUAACUCCUAAGAGAUGGGUGCCUCUCGCCUCCUGGAUCACUGGCUGGAUUAACGUCUCUGGUUGGAUUGCCUUGACAACUUCGGGUGGCCUGCUCGCUUCCCAACUCAUCUCCGGUCUGAUCGCCUUGUUUCAUCCGGACUUUGCCCUUCGACCAUACCAGGUGUACUUGAUCUACGUUGCCUGGACGCUUAUUGCCUUCUUUGUCAACGCUUUUCUGAACAGACUGCUGCCGUACAUCAACAAAACGGCAUUUAUCUGGAGCAUUGGCGGCUUUGCUAUCAUUUGCAUCACCGUGUUAGCUUGCGCCUCGCCAAAUUACGCUUCGGCAGAAUUUGUGUUUACCAACUUCAUCAACGAGACAGGCUGGCCUGAUGGUAUUGCCUGGCUCUUGGGAUUGCUGCAGGGUGGCUUCGGGCUGACAGGUUUUGAUGCUGUCGCGCAUAUGAUUGAGGAGAUCCCCAAUGCUUCCGUUGAAGGCCCGAAGAUUAUGAUCUACUGUGUCGCCAUCGGGACCUGUACUGGCUUUAUCUUUUUAAUGGUCCUGCUCUUCGUUUCCGGUGGCAAUACCGAGGCCAUCAUCUCUUCAUCCACUGGUCCUCUUUUGCAGAUCAUGCACAACGCGACUAGCAGCCGCGCGGGAGCCACCUGUCUGCUCAUGUUUCCACUUGUUUGCAUCCUGUUCGCAGAGAUCGCCAUCAUGACCACCAGCUCCCGCAUGACCUACGCAUUCGCUCGAGAUGGCGGCCUUCCAGCCUCAAGAGUCUUCGCAAAGGUACACCCGCGCCUUGGUCAGCCGCUGAAUGCUCUGAUGCUGUCCGCUGGCCUGACUAUCCUAUUCGGAUUGAUCCUGAUAGGCUCAAGCAGCGCGUUCAAUGCUCUCAUCGCCGCGUCAGUUGUUGCCUUGGGUGUGAGUUACGCCAUCCCUGUCGCUAUUAACGUCUGCCGGGGAAGAAAGAUGCUGCCACCGAGGGCUUUUGCUUUACCUACUCCUCUCGGCUGGGCUGCUAAUCUGCUUGGUAUUGCGUACACAAUUGUUACUACCGUGCUCUUCUUGUUUCCACCGGAGCGCCUAGUCACCACUUCGAGCAUGAACUACUGCGUUGUUGCAUUCGGCAUCAUCUUGUUCAUCAGCACCAUACAAUGGAUCGUGGACGGCCGGAAGAACUUUACUGGACCCAGAACAGACAUGGGAAUAGAAGUGCUCGAAGCGAUGAAAAGUCAAGAGCAGAGCGGCGCCGAGCCUAGACAUCCCAAGGUCGCCGGCAAAGAAUUUGGUAACAGUGAAGUAAUUUAG